CGUGAAACUAUUUUCAGCACAAGGUAGGCUUGAGCUCGGAAUUUCGUGAUUUGUAAUUAUUUUGUUAUUAAGUGAAAUAUUUUGUUUAUUCGUUGCCGGUGAAGUUUAUGUGUCGGGAAGUGAAAUUACUUAGAUAAAAACAUGCUUAUAGUUUGGUGUUUAUUAUAAUCGAAAACUGUGGUACCCUCAAGAGAAGUGUAUAAUGGAGGAAGGGAGCAGCACUCCUUUCUCGUGUUUGAGUUCCAACAUCUACUAAAUCAACUAUGUUUAGUUUAUUUUAAUUUCGGUAGUCUAUUUUUACAGUGAAAUUCACCUGUAGGAAGUUAACAGUUAUCGUCCAACUUUGAAGUGUGUAUCUAAUCUUUUUGUUUCUUCAAAUAAAAUGCAAUCCUCUGAUUACGUACCGGUGCAAAGGAGCGUGAGAUUGUUGGUGGAGAAUUAAGACAACCCUAUUCCCCUCAUAUACAAGAAAUAGAUUCUUCAAAGGUUAUCAAGUGUUGUAUGUGUGAUACCUUCUUGUCAAUUGUUUGAUAAGAUAGAGUCCAUCUCCAGAACUACUUUAAUAAGUUACUGUUGAAAUUAAAAAUACUUGUUUUUUGAAAGUUGUGCAGAUGCUUUGGGAAUGCAAAUGAUUGAUUUUAAGAAAUGAAACUUGAAGAAGUUCAAUCCAAAUCUUGACGAAUUUACCUUCAACCAUCUGAUUCGAGGAUACCAUAAUUUCUAUUGUGGAUUAGGUAGAUGAACAAAAAUAUUUUAUGCACUGUUAAGCCUUGGGUUUAAACACCAUCAUGUCUUCUGGUACAUUUGUGGAUAGGAUAGAUCCAUUUGCUAAGCGCUCAUUGAAAAAGAAAUCAAAGAAGUCACAAGGAUCUUCUAGAUAUCGCAAUGCUGCUGAUGCAGAACUACAACCUCUACCACUCCUCAAAGAGGUUCCAUCCUCUGAGCAGGAGGAUUUGUUUAUCCGUAAGCUGCGCCAGUGUUGCGUGGCCUUUGACUUCAUGGACCCCAUGGCUGACCUGAAAGGCAAGGAGAUCAAGCGAGCCACACUCAACGAGCUGGUUGAAUAUGUAUCUACUGGCCGAGGAGUGCUCACUGAACCUGUUUACCCGGAGAUCAUUAAAAUGAUCUCUGCUAACUUGUUUCGAACUUUACCACCAAGUGAAAAUCCAGACUUUGAUCCAGAGGAAGAUGACCCUACGUUAGAAGCGUCUUGGCCACAUUUAACGCUUGUAUACGAGUUAUUCCUGAGAUUUCUGGAAUCAUCCGACUUUCAGCCUACGAUUGGAAAGAAAGUAAUAGACCAAAAAUUUGUGUUACAGCUUUUAGAUUUGUUUGAUAGUGAAGACCCAAGAGAAAGAGAUUUCCUAAAAACGGUUUUACAUAGGAUUUAUGGCAAGUUUCUUGGCCUUCGAGCAUUUAUCCGGAAACAAAUCAACAACAUCUUCUUAAGGUUUGUCUAUGAGACUGAACACUUCAAUGGUGUUGGAGAGCUGUUGGAAAUUUUAGGAAGUAUUAUCAAUGGUUUUGCGCUACCCCUCAAGUCGGAACACAAGCAGUUCUUGGUCAAAGUGCUGAUCCCACUACACAAAGUCAAGUGUCUCUCGCUGUACCACGCUCAGCUGGCCUACUGCGUGGUGCAGUUCCUAGAGAAAGAUGCCACUCUCACUGAGCCUGUUGUCAAGGGUCUACUCAAAUAUUGGCCCAAAACGUGUAGUCAAAAAGAGGUGAUGUUCCUUGGUGAAAUAGAAGAAAUCUUAGAUGUUAUUGAACCAACACAGUUUACCAAAAUUCAGGAGCCUCUUUUCCGACAAAUUGCCAAGUGUGUGUCUAGUCCUCACUUUCAGGUGGCAGAGCGAGCUCUUUACUUCUGGAAUAAUGAAUAUAUAAUGAGUUUAAUGGAAGAAAACAACCAAGUGAUAAUGCCGAUCAUGUUCCCGGCACUGUACAGGAUCAGCAAGGAACAUUGGAACCAAACUAUCGUCGCUCUGGUGUACAAUGUGCUCAAGACCUUCAUGGAGAUGAACAGCAAACUGUUUGAUGAUCUCACUGCAUCAUACAAAGCUGAACGGCAAAAGGAGAAGAAACGGGAAAAGGAAAGGGAUGAACUAUGGAAAAAGUUGUCAGAACUUGAAAUAUCUAAUAACAAGCUGAAACAAAUACAGAAUAAAGAUUUAUCGGUACAAAAAAAGUGAUAUGAAACAGUGUACAUUUAAUCGGCUGCCACUCGGUGUGAGGACCCCACAGCACAAAGUUGACAGUCUCUGUGCGCUACAAAUAUUUAAAGUCGUAUAUUUAUAAAUAAAUAUAUAUAUUGCCAUAAUGAGGUGGACUGACGGAGCCCGUCCGACUUGAUUUUCUUUGUACCUGUGACGAGAAGAGUGCAUGUAUUAUUUGUUACGAUGUUUUCAAUCAUUAGCUUGCUUUUAACCAGCCGGCUCGCGCUUUUAUUUUACUUCACAUAAUUUUAUUACGGUAUUAUUUGGUUAGCAGAUCAAAGGGGUCGAAGACAAACUGUUGGGUCUGCCUUGAGUAAUGUUAUAUUUUUAUAUAAAUAGAUGAUGACUAUCUAAUCAAAGCAUAUUGUUAACUAGUCUAAUAGCAUGGCGGAAGAGGUUGUGGUGUUACACGUGUUUCCGUGUUAUCCUUCGAGUUGUACGAUUCCCAGAUACUUGCAUCUUAUAGCUGAUAAAAUAAAUUGCUAGUUAUAAAUUCGACCGCUCUUUUUUCCAUAAAAGUUUUGUUAAGAAUUAGUGCAUAUUAAAAUGAGUGUGAAAGUGUUACCUAUCUCGAUAUAGGAAAAUGGAUUUUAUAUAAACAAUAAUUAGGACAGUUGAAUAGCUACUGCUACUUAAAAAAAAUUACUGAAAAUAUUAUUAUUUAAGCCAAAUAAAUUACUGUGGUAAAAAUUUGAAGAUAUUAACAUAUUUAUUGUACCUAAGGUGCUGACAGCAAAUCUAAUUGUACCAUUAACAAGUUAAUUCUAUUAUGUGCUUAAACAGACAAUGUUUCUGUCUAUAAAAGUCAUUACAGUUCACCUACCCAAUGAGUUUUAUGAAUAUUUAAAAAAAAAAUAUAGGUUACAUUCACUUUGUUACUGUUUUUGCAACUUGUGAUAAAGACUCACAUUAAAAAAAAAUCUUCCUAUACUACUUAUGUUGUUUGUGUUUCCUUUUUUGUGUCCACUCUGGUGAACUAUAAAUGUACUUCAUUGUGUAUAAUAUUGUUUAAAGUGUAGAUAGUAUUAAAGCUCAUGUUCAAAAAAUUGUUGCUAAUAAAUAGUUGUAUUUUAUCAGUGCCAACUUUAAAAUGUUGAGGUUAAAAGCGUCAAAACAGAGGAGUGUAAAAUUGAAAGAUUGGACUGAAAUUUGUUAUUUAUUAUUUUGUAUAUUAAAACAUAAAAACAUAAUUUGAGCAAUACCCUUAUUAUAUUAUGUUGUACAUAUGAACCUCCUUCGGUUCAUUCAAUCAAAGGAUUCGUAUGAAAUACAUUCAUAUUUAUUUGUCA